AUGCCUGACAACCCAGAGUCCAGCACUUCCAGCGAAAUGCGAUUACAGAGGGAGAAGACAGACGCGUCGUACACCUACGAUGACCAAAGAGGCUGGAGGCGAUGGAGAAUCUUCCGCCCAGGCCGUGGAAUCUACCACGACAUCAGAAGACGCCUUCCAUACUACUGGAGCGACAUUGUUGACGCGUGGACGUACCCCUACACACUCGACAUGUAUCGACGAACAGGACAAUUCUUUGGUAUUAACGAAGCCCUUUUCUCGUCGGCGCUCGCUGCCAUCGUCUUCAGCAUCCUCAGCGCCCAACCUUUAACAAUCGUGGGCGUCACCGGUUUGAUCUCACUCUUCAACUUCACAAUCUACGACAUCAUCGAACUCUACGACGUUUCCAUUUAUCCACAGUUCAUGGCUUGGACGGGGAUCUGGGCAGCAAUUUUUCACUGGCUCGUCGCCGUAUUCAACGCGUGCGACUACAUGCGAUACGUUACCGACUUUUCUAGCGAGGCAUUUGGGUUAUACGUCGGCAUCAUCUACAUCAGUCCGUGGGCUAGACUUGACCGAAUAGUUAAAGAACGUCUUGCUGACAACGGAAUAGUCAAGGGUGUGGAAGAACUGAUCAACGAGUUCGAUGCCGAAGGCAGCGCUGCGGGUUACUUGGCUUGUAUGAUUGCGAUUCUAUACUUCGGCACCGUCUAUACUUUAGAGAAGAUGGGCUCUAGCACUCUUUGGAAGUCUGCCUACCGAGGGAUCCUCGCUGACUACGCCUACGUGGUGAGAUUACUACUUGCUGUCGAUGGCCAGGAAUAG